AAAGACAUUUCCCCCACAUUAAAUCCACUCUCUAUUCAAACUGGUUAUCAUCAACAUUUUUCUCCACCCACUAAAAGUGAAGAACAAACUAUACACACAGAAACCAUAACAUAGCUAUUACCAGCUGUCCAACAGUCCCUCUAUUUUUCUCUCUCUUCUUCUUCUUCUUCCUCUUCUUCCACUUUCCGCGUACACUUCUUCUAUCUGCCUGUCCAAAAACUGUAAUCUUCAAAGGGGAGAGGAAUUAGGGAAAGCAAAAAGUGUCUAGCCAUGGUUUUGAACCCUGUAAUGCCGAAUGUCCUGCUCCUGACGGUGGUUUUAUUGUGUUUGUGGGUUUCUUCUGGAAUAGCUUCUGUAUCUUAUGAUAACAGAGCUAUAGUCAUCAAUGGCCGACGGAGGAUUCUUAUUUCUGGUUCUAUUCACUACCCAAGAAGCACUCCUGAGAUGUGGCCUGAUCUUAUUCAGAAAGCUAAAGAAGGAGGUUUAGAUGUAAUCCAGACAUAUGUUUUCUGGAAUGGACAUGAACCAGAACAAGGCAAAUAUUAUUUUGAGGAUAGAUAUGAUCUAGUCAAGUUUAUCAAGCUGAUUAGAGCAUCAGGCCUUUAUGUUCAUCUUAGGGUUGGUCCUUAUGCUUGUGCAGAAUGGAACUUUGGAGGGUUUCCUGUUUGGCUCAAGUAUGUUCCAGGUAUCAGUUUCAGAACAGACAAUGGUCCAUUCAAGGCUGCAAUGGCGAAAUUCACUAAGAAGAUUGUGGAUAUGAUGAAAGCUGAAGGAUUAUAUGAAUCUCAGGGUGGUCCAAUCAUUCUAUCUCAGAUAGAGAAUGAAUACGGUCCAAUGGAAUAUGAACUCGGCUCCCCUGGUCGAUCUUACGCUAAAUGGGCAGCUGAAAUGGCUGUGGGUCUUGGCACUGGUGUGCCAUGGGUCAUGUGUAAGCAAGAUGAUGCGCCCGAUCCAAUUAUUAACACUUGCAAUGGGUUUUACUGUGAUUAUUUCUCACCAAAUAAAGCUUACAAACCAAAGAUGUGGACUGAAGCGUGGACUGGAUGGUUUACAGAGUUUGGAGGUGCAGUUCCUUACAGGCCUGCAGAAGACUUGGCAUUCUCAGUUGCAAGAUUCAUACAAAAGGGUGGAUCUUUCAUUAACUAUUAUAUGUAUCAUGGUGGAACGAACUUUGGAAGGACAUCGGGUGGACCUUUUAUAGCCACGAGCUACGACUAUGAUGCUCCACUUGAUGAAUAUGGACUUAAGCGAGAACCCAAGUGGGGACAUUUGAAGGAUCUGCAUAGAGCUAUAAAGCUAUGCGAGCCUGCGUUAGUAUCUGGAGAUUCGACAGUCAUUUCUCUUGGAAAUUAUCAAGAGGCACGCGUUUUCAAAACUAAAUCUGGAGCUUGUGCUGCGUUUAUUGCAAAUUACAACUCUUAUUCUUUUGCUCGGGUCACUUUUGAAAAUAUGCAUUUCAACUUGCCUCCUUGGUCAAUUAGCAUUCUUCCUGACUGCAAGAACACUGUCUAUAACACAGCCAGGGUGGGAGCUCAAAGUGCGGAAAUGAAGAUGACAAAUGUUGUUUAUGGUAAUGGAUUCCCUUGGCAAUCAUUUAAUGAAGAACCGGCAGGGUAUAGUGACAAUACAUUUACGAGAACUGGAUUGUUGGAGCAGAUAAACACUACUUGGGAUGCCACCGAUUAUUUAUGGUACAUAACAGAUGUGAAUAUCGAUGCCAAUGAAGGAUUCUUGAGAAGUGGAAGAUAUCCUGUUCUAACUGUGUUAUCUGCUGGUCAUGCUUUGCAUGUCUUCAUCAAUGGUCAGCUUUCGGGAACUGCAUAUGGAAGUCUAGAGAAUCCUAAACUAACAUUUAGCAAAGGUGUGAAUUUGAGAGCUGGUGUCAACAAGAUUGCUCUUCUAAGCAUUGCUGUUGGUUUACAGAAUAUUGGCCCACAUUUUGAAACCUGGAAUACUGGCGUUCUUGGUCCCGUUUCAUUAGAUGGUUUGAACAGAGGAAGAAGAGAUUUAACAUGGCAGAAAUGGUCUUACAAGGUUGGUCUUAAAGGAGAAAAAUUGAGUCUUCAUUCGCUCAGUGGAAGUUCCACUGUUGAAUGGGUUGAAGGUUCUUUGGUGGAAAAGAGACAGCCAUUGACUUGGUACAAGGCCACUUUCAAUUCUCCUGGAGGAAAUGAUCCUUUAGCAUUGGAUAUGAGUAGCAUGGGCAAAGGCCAAGCAUGGAUAAACGGACAAAGUAUAGGACGAUAUUGGCCUUCGUAUAAAGCAACUGGAAAAUGUAACACUUGUAAUUAUGCUGGUUGGUUUGAUGAGAAGAAAUGCUUGCGUAAUUGUGGAGAGUCAUCCCAGAGAUGGUAUCACGUCCCACGAUCAUGGUUAAAACCAACGGGGAAUUUGUUGGUAGUUUUCGAGGAAUGGGGAGGAAACCCAUAUGGGAUUUCAUUAGCGAAAAGAGAGGUUGAAAGCGUUUGUGCUGAUAUUUACGAGUGGCAGCCAACUCUAGUGAAUUGGCAACUACAAUCUUCGGGUAAAGUCAAUAAACCCCUAAGGCCUAAAGCACACCUCUCGUGUGCAUUUGGGCAGAAGAUCUCGUCGAUAAAGUUCGCGAGCUACGGAACACCGCAAGGUGUUUGUGGAAGCUUCCGUGAAGGAAACUGUCAUGCUCAUCAUUCUUAUGAUGCUUUUCAGAAGCUAUGUGUUGGGCAGCAAGCAUGUUCGGUUACGGUGGCACCGGAGAUGUUUGGAGGCGAUCCUUGUCCAAAUGUUAUGAAGAAGUUGUCGGUCGAAGCCAUUUGCAGCUGAAUAAAGAAAUCAAGAUUUGAUUUUUAUUUUUUAAAUUAUCGGGGCGGGUGAAGUUGUAGAAAGAUACGACACACCCGCCAAUUAUUUUAGUAAAGAAAGCGGUUAAGAAAUCGCAGGUAAUCGCAAAAGUUAUUGGUUUGUGUAUAUUAUAGGGGUUAAGCCUCAAUAGAAGGGGCAUGGAUAAUUGGUGCAGAUUGAGAUGCAAGAAGUUGUGUCCAUUUGCAAUUAUUGUUGUUUCAUUGUAAGUGUUGUUUCAAUCUUAGAAACAAUUGUUCAA